AUGGCUUUCUUCUCUGUUUCAUUUCUGCAGUUUAUUGCAUUUAGUUUUUUCCUCAUCCCCCACGCUCUAUCAUCCCCUACAAAAUCCCUUACAGAAGCUAAGAACGGAAAAUGCUGCGUAUUUCCACCUUUAAUCAAGGCUACAGCAGAACAAUUACAAGCUGGCUUAGCUGCUAGGUGCUACACUAGUGUUCACAUCGUUCAAGCAUACUUAGACAGGAUUAAGGAAGUAAACGGCAUUCUCCGUCCUGUUGCAGAGAUAAAUCCAGAUGCGCUCAAAAUUGCUGCUGAUCUUGAUAAUGAACGUGCCUGCAAGAAACUCCGAGGUCCAUUGCAUGGCUUGCCAGUGCUGAUCAAAGGCAAUAUUGGUACAAAUGAUAAACUACAAACUACUGCUGGCUCUACUAUCCUACUGAAUUCCACACUUUACGAAGACGCAACAGUGGCAAAGAAGUUAAGGGAAGCUGGCAUAAUUAUUCUCGGGAAGACCGGCCUUUCACAAUGGUCCAAUUUCCGGGGUCAAAUCCCUAACGGUUGGAGCGCGUUUGGAGGUAGAGUUUACGCAGCUUACUCCCCAAAUCAAGACCCCUCUGGUAGCUCGAGUGGCAGUGGUGUAGCGUCGGAUCUGGGACUAGCUUGGGCAACAUUGGGAACAGAGACAAUUGGAAGCAUCGUCUCCCCUGCCGAGAUGAGCAAUGUUGUCGGAGUCAAACCAACUGUUGGCCUCACUUCGCGCCACCUUGUCAUCCCCAUAGCCGCGUAUCAAGAUACAGUUGGACCCAUGACAAGAACUGUAAAGGAUGCUGCCUUUUUGCUUCAAGCCAUAGCCGGGAAAGACGCAAAGGAUAAAUUUACAUCCGAAAUCCCGUCUAUACCAGAUUAUGUUGCAGCGUGCAAACGAGGAGCACUUAAGGGAAAACGACUUGGAGUUCCAUCCAACGUUCUUAGGGUACCGACUCAAGGAAGGGAGGCUGAUGCUAUCUUUGAGAAGGGCCUUAAAGAUCUAGAGAAAGCCGGAGCUAUCAUCGUGCAGGACGUAAAAUAUGAAGAUACUGCAGAAACUCAGCUCACUGAACUGCUUGACCCGCUUUUAGGGGCAGAUUUUAACAAGGCCUUACCCGACUACUUAAAACAGCUGAAGUCGAAUCCAAACAACCUCCGUACCGUAAGUGAUAUUCGCCGCGUCACCCAAAAGUCUCCAAAAGAAAAUUACCCCGAGUACAACACAUCCUCCUGGGAUGCCGCCAUCAAGCUGGGUUACGAUAGCACAUCGCCAAAAUUCCAGGAAAUGCGUAAAAAGGCUGUCAAGCUUACGGAAGACGGUUGCAUCUUGCGAGCGAUCAAAAAGUAUAAACUCGAUGGCCUUGUUCUACCAACCGCUAUGAGCCCCCUUGUGCCGGGUGUUUACGGUUCCCCAAUAAUCACCGUCCCAAUUGGUAGCACACCUGUCGCAUCCAAUUCCACGGACAAAUCCACCGGUUUCGUGCGACCAGUUGGAAUAGCCUUCUUUGCUGAGCGUUGGAGCGAGGAAAAAUUGUUUGGCUUCGCCUACGACUUUGAGCAAGUAACCCAGGUUCGAGACACGCUGAAGCGAUACAUCGAGCCGAAGGCUGGGUUAAAGGAACAACGACGCAAGUCCAAAUGA